AUGCGUUUAUUUUUAGCUGUUUUCGCGUUGGCACGCGAAUAUAAAUUGGAAAUCUCAUUGUUUGAAAGAUUGAUCAAAAAUCAUUUCCCAUAUACGGCGCUCGAAUCACAACACCGUAUGGCUACGCUAAUAUCGGGCACUCUAAUGCCGAUAUUUUAUCCGCAAAUGUUGGAUGCGAGCAAUGUUUUGGGUUAUCCGAAUAUUAAAGGUAAGAAUUUUGUCUUCAUGGAGCAGCUUUGA